CCACGUCCACCGCCGCUUCAGUUAUUCACGCAUUCUGGUCGCGUAGAGAAAGCCUGGCCAGAUCAGGCUUGUCAACUAAUUGAGUAAUUUCACGAUCCACCGAUGUAUUGUUGAUUCAUUCGUUGAUGCUCACUCAAUCCAACGGUAAUAUCAUCGUCGCUACACGACACAAGGAGAGACGAACGCUCUGAUUUUUCACAUUUUUCAGGUAAGGUUGCGAAGGUCAACAAAUUUGACUCUUGUCAUUAUCGAUCGUCGUCUACCUCAAAAUUGCUGUGAUCAACGAUGGCUGCAGAGGAAGGAAUGGAGCAGGAACUCGCGCCGCAGAAGAAGAAAGAGCCUACCGAGGACGAGAAGAGGAGAGAGAAAAUUGUGCCUGGGAGCUUGAUGAAAGCUGUGAUGAGGCCUGGAGGGGGCGAUUCGAGACCAGCAGAUGGUGAUCAGGUAAUCUAUCAUUGUACAGUUCGAACAUUGGAUGGAGUUAUAGUUCAGUCCACUAGAUCAGAAUAUGGAGGCAAAGGAACACCUCUAAGGCAGGUUUUCGGAAAAAGCAAGAUUUUACUAGGAUUGCUAGAAGGAAUGCCCACAAUGUUGAAGGGCGAAGUUGCGAUGUUCAAGAUGAAACCUCAGAUGCACUAUGGAGAGGAUGAUUGUCCAGUUUCAGCUCCAAAUGGCUUUCCAAAAGAAGAUGAGCUUCACUUCGAAGUUGAGAUGAUAGAUUUUUCUAAAGUCAAGGUUGUCAGCAAUGAUAUGGGGGUUGUGAAGAUGGUAAUAAAUGAAGGACAGGGAUGGGAAUCGCCCAGGGAACUUUAUGAAGUGAAAGCUUGGAUCUCUGCCAAGACAGGUGAUGGGAAAUCAAUUCUCUCUCGCACACAAGGAGAACCGUAUUUCUUUACCUACGGGAAAUCUGAGGUGCCCAAAGGUCUUGAAAUGGGAAUCGGAAUGAUGUCGCGAGAAGAAAAGGCAGUAAUAUAUGUCACUAAUCAGUAUUUGACUCAAUCUCCUCUAAUGCCCAUUCAAGGUUUAGAUGAAGUACAUUUUGAGGUGGAGCUUGUUCAUUUCAUUCAGGUGCGGGAUAUGCUUGGUGAUGGGCGCCUGAUAAAACGUCGGAUUCGUGAUGGAAAAGGGGAGUUUCCCAUGGAUUGCCCUCUUCAUGACAGUCUACUCCGUGCCCAUUACAAGGGCAUGAUCCUUGAUGAAGGAAAAAGGGUCUUCUAUGAUACAAGAGUUGAUAAUGGAGGUCAGCCUUUGGAGUUCAGUUCUGGAGAAGGGCUUGUCCCUGAGGGAUUUGAAAUGUGUGUUCGACUGAUGGUACCUGGAGAGAUAGCGCUUGUAACAUGCCCUCCUGAUUAUGCAUAUGAUAAAUUUCCAAGGCCACCUAAUGUCCCUGAAGGUGCUCAUAUUCAGUGGGAAAUUGAACUUCUUGGUUUUGAGAUGCCAAGGGAUUGGACUGGUUUGGAUUUUCAAACCAUAAUGGAUGAAGCAGAGAAGAUAAGAACCACAGGCAACAGGCUCUUUAAAGAAGGGAAGUUUGACCUUGCAAAGUCUAAGUAUGACAAGGUACUUAGGGAAUUUAAUCAUGUAAAUCCACAAGACGAUGAAGAAGGGAAAGUGUUUGCAAAUACAAGAAACUUGUUGAACCUAAAUGUUGCGGCAUGCUACCUCAAAAUGGGAGAAUGUAGAAAGUCAAUUGAGACUUGUAAUAAGGUUUUAGAAGCAAAUCCAGCACAUGUCAAGGCUCUUUACCGCCGAGGAAUGGCUUAUAUGGAAGCUGGAGAUUUUGAGGAAGCAAGGAGCGAUUUCAAUAUGAUGAUAAAAGUAGACAAGUCAUCUGAAGCUGAUGCAACAGCAGCUCUUGUAAAACUGAAGCAGAAGGAACAGGAAGUUGCGAGGAAAGCAAGAAAACAAUUUAAAGGGCUAUUUGACAAGAAGCCUGGGGAAAUUGCAGAUGCUGGAUCUGAAGAUAGAGGAGAAGAGAAUAGCAUUGGAGAAAAUCAAAGCAGUGGCGUUCAAGAGGAAUCAGAUGUGGAUGAGGGAGCCGAAUUUCAUGAAGCUGCAGAUGAACCUAAAAGAGGCUGGUUCUCAUACCUAUGGCCUACUCAUAGAAGACUAUUUUCAGCUUUAGGACUUGAACGCUGUGCCAUAUUAUGA